UGUUACGUAUAAAAACUGAAAAUGGCGAUCCUAUUCCAAUUUCAAUUUCAAUUUAAAUUUAAUCAAUUCCUUGAUUUCAGAUCUCCAAUUUGAGAUGCAGCCAAACAGUUAUUCAACAAUACAAUCUCCAUUUGCUUUAAUUCCACUUGCUUUAUCAAAUCACGGAGAUUUCUCUCCUCAAGGUUUCGAACUUUCUAGGUUUUUCUUUUUAGGUUCUCUUCUUUUAUCUCCAGCUUCCGCCACCGGCGAAAACGACGACGGUAUGGAUUUCUCCAAGGUCGGUGAGAAGUUUCUCAGCUCAGUCCGGUCCGCUAGAUCUCUCGGCUUCCUUCCGGCUACUUCCGAUCGCCCCGAGGUUCCAGAACGUGCUGCAGCAGCAGCAGCCAUAGCUCGUGCACUUGCUUCAAUCCCUCCACAUCAGAGGCAGAAUAUAUCUUCAAGCUCUGAGGAGCUCAGUUCUAUGUAUGGAAGCGAACCUGGUGGUGAAGUACUAGAAAAACUGGAGGAAGAAUUUUAUGAAGAGGAGUUUGAUCCCGUUCGACACACUUUAGAGAAUAUUCCAUCAGAAGAAAGUGAUCUUGCAUAUUUUGAGGGGAAGGCUGCUCUUAGAUUAUUACAGUUGGAUAAAGUAACAGAAAGUCUGUCACGCCAAGUGAUGGAGCACCACGAAGUAAUGGUGAAAGGAAUGGAUUUGGUAGGCGAGUUGGAGAAGGACUUGAAGGUUGCGAAUGUCAUUUGCAUGAACGGACGAAGACACCUCACUUCUUCGAGGAAUGAGGUAUCGAGAGACCUUGUUGUUAACACGAGUUCUAGAAGGAAACAGACUCUUCUGGACAUGCUUCAAGUUCUAGCAACACUUCUUCGUGCAAAGGACAUGCAAGUAGAACUUGAAACCCUCGUUAAUGAAGAAAAUUUCUUUAAGGCAUUCCAGGUCCUGUCUGAGUAUCUUCAACUUCUAGAUAGCUUAUCUGAGCUUUUCGCUAUACAGGAGAUGAGUCGUGGUGUGGAGAUUUGGCUGGGAAGAACUCUACAGAAGCUGGAUUCACUUUUAUUAGGAGUGUGUCAAGACUUCAAGGAAACAAGUUUUUUGACUGUGGUCGACGCUUAUGCAUUGAUUGGUGAUGUUUCUGGUCUUGCUGAAAAGAUACAAAGCUUCUUUAUGCAGGAGGUUAUAUCUGAAACCCAUGCAGUCCUUAAAAACAUUCUGCUAGAGGAUCCAGAAGCGGCAGAUAUUCAAAGCACCAGGCUUACAUACAGUGAUCUUUGCACUCGGAUACCUGAAUCUGAGUUUAGGCAAUGUUUGUUGGCAACUCUAGCUGCCCUUUUCAAGUUGAUGGGCUCGUAUCAUGCAAUUAUGAGCUUCCAUUCAGAGUGCAAGAUCUCGAUGGGUCAGUUAUUACCUGAUUCACAGAACCAAGGUGAUGAAACAGGAUCCUCCAAGAAUGUUCAACACUCUGAUGAGAGUGAAAGUGGCAGCUUUGUCCCUGGUGACCCAUCUGGUUCAGAAUCAAGGGAUGAUGGCAGUGGAGCUUCAAGCAGUGGCUCCCCAUGGUUUCAGCUGCGAAGUGAUGCCACAAUAGUUGUUUCACAGACAUUACAGAGAGGUCGUAAGAAUCUUUGGCAACUUACAAUGAGCCGAUUGUCAGUAUUGCUCUCUUCUUCCGCAGUUUCUUCUACUAGUAUUCAUCAGUUUUUAAAAAUAUAUGAAGAUCUCAAUAUCUUUAUCUUGGCUGGUGAGGCUUUUUGUGGUUCGGAAGCAGUUGAGUUCAGGCAGAAAGUUAGAGUUAUCUGUGAAAAUUAUUAUCUUGCUAUUCACAGACAAAAUAUACAUGCUCUGAAAAUGGUUUUGGAAAAAGAGAGUUGGGUCACCAUGCCACCAGAGACGAUUCAGGUAGUGAGUUUUGCAGGCCUUAUUGGUGAUGGAGCUGCAUUACUAAGUCAAACUGGCCACAAGUCACCUGCUUCAGUAAAAACUGGUACUAAGCAAGGUGGAUUCUCCCAUUGGAUUAGAAGUGGGAAUCCAUUUUUUCUAAAUCAUGAUCCUAAGGAAUAUGAUGGUUCUCCCAGAGAAAAAAUCAAUGGGGUAUUUCACAAGAAUGAUUCUUCACAUAACAGUGAUACAAAUCAUACUAAUGGCCAUCCUGAUACAUCAGAAGAUGAAAAUGAAGAUCUUCUUGCAGAUUUUAUUGAUGAGGAUAGUCAACUGCCAAGCCGUAUUGCUAAGCCUAAACACUUAAAAAUUUCCUCUGUAUCUUGGAUGGAUGAAGAUAUGACAGCACACACAGGAUCAUCAGUUUGUGUGCUAAGGCUGAUGGACAAAUAUGCAAGGCUGAUGCAAAGAUUAGAGAUCAUCAAUGUUGAGUUUUUCAAGGGGAUAUGCCAAUUAUUUGGAAUCUUUUUCUAUUACGUGUUUGAAAGCUUUGGUCAUCAGAACGUUAAUCCUAGUGGGAAGACAAAUAGUGAUGCUCUCAACUAUCGUCUGAAAACAGCAGUAUCCAGAAUUAUGCAAGAUUGCAAUCAAUGGAUAAAACCACCAUCUCUUUCAGGCUCUUACUCUUCACAUGCAACUACAAACAUGCAAUUUUCUCACAUGGACAUCACACCCACUCCACCCAGUUCAAAUUCUAGUCAUUUGUCCAGCACCACUUUAGGCUUGAAGGAAAGAUGUGCAGGAGCUGACACUAUAUCUCUUGUUGCUCGAUUGUUGUAUAAAUCCAAGGCUCAUCUUCAAUCAGUCCUCCUGACUAAUAAUGCUACAGUGGUUGAAGAAUUUUAUUUGCAGUUGGUGGAUUCUGUGCCAGAUCUCAUAGAGCAAAUUUAUAGAACGACUGCAAAGUCACUUCUUCAUAUUAAUGGGUAUGCUGAUCGAGUUGCUAGUGCUAAGUGGGAGGUUAAAGAACUUGGAAUGGAACAUAAUGGGUAUGUUGACCUGUUACUAGGAGAAUUUAAGCACUACAAAACAAGACUAGCUCAUGGAGGUAUUAGGACGGAGGUUCAAGAUCUUUUAACAGAGUACGGACUUGAAAAUAUUUCUGACGUUCUCGUUGAAGGUCUCUCAAGAGUGAAACGGUGUUCUGAUGAGGGCCGCGCCCUAAUGCUAUUGGAUCUUCAGGUUUUGAUCAAUGGCCUUCAGCAUUUUGUCACCGUUAAUGUUAAGCCGAAGUUGCAAACCGUCGAAACGUUUAUCAAGGCAUAUUAUCUUCCAGAAACUGAAUAUGUGCACUGGGCACGUGCUCAUCCGGAAUAUACAAAAAGCCAAUUAGCAGGGCUAAUUAACCUUGUGGCUACGAUGCAAGGUUGGAAAAGGAAAAGCAGAUUGGAAGUGUUGGAAAAGAUAGGAGCAGCAGGCAUGUAAUUAGCUUGUAAAUCCCUUGUUAUUGAUCUGUUCUCUGUAAAUUGAACCUCACAAGUCAAAGAUCGUAGUAUAUGAUUCCCUUUUUAGGGCUUGCUAAAUUGUCAAUUUAAGUAGUUUAUAUGUUCAAAAUGUACAAUUUAUAUAAUUUGAGUUAUUGAUUAACAUAAAUUUUGAGCGGAAAUAAAUGAAGUGAUACGUCGAUAUUGUUACAAAA